AUGAACAAUGCCAUUCGCUCCUAUUUCUCUGAUCUAACGUACAUUACGGACAGGAUUAUCGCUAUGGGAUAUCCUUCAACUCGAUUCGAGAGUCUCUUUCGCAACAGCAUUUCGGACGUAGCCAAGUUUUUGAAUAAGAAACAUGGAAACCACUAUCUCGUGAUUAAUCUCAGUGAUCGAACCUAUGACUACUCUCUCUUUGGGAACCGGGUGAUCUGUUCAGGAUAUCCAGAUCACCACUCUCCAACGUUGAGCAUGAUGUGGUCUCUUUAUUCCAUUAUCGACUUUUGGCUGUCCCUGGAUAAGGAAAACGUUAUUGCUGUCCACUGCUUAGCUGGAAAGGGACGGACUGGGACGGUGAUCGUGUGUACUUUGCUGAUGCAGGGUUUUUUCAACAACCUGAAGCAUCUGUCUAUUAUGAGUGUGAUUAAUGCGGCGAUCAACUAUUUUCACGAUAAACGGGGAGAUGGAGUUGAAAAUCCCGAUCAAAUCCGGUUUAUCUACCAAUUCUUGGAGUCCAUGGACACGAUGGGCUCGGACAUGUCGCUGCUGUCGAGUUUAUCUCUGCAGCCGUCUGUUUUUAUCUCCCAUCUGAUCUUGUACAACCUUCCCGUUGGAGAGGGCGGCAUCUUGACGCCUCGUCUCUGCGUCUAUUUAAAGAAGCAGAACACGAGGAGCAUCGUAUUCAAUUCGGUUUGGAAUCGGACGCACGUUCAGCACAUCGCGUCGAUUCAGCACGCUUUUGUCAUCCCGGUAGCUCGCAGCGCGCUUCUCUGA